AUGUCUAAAGCAAUUUACAUAUCCCCAAUCGACGGGAAGCCCGGCAAGCCAGGCCAAGUCUACUACCCGCUCUCCCUCCGCACCGUGCCCAAGCCUUCCCCGCAAGGGAGUGAGCUAUUGGUGAAACUGACUGCCGCGGCGCUCAACCACCGCGACCUCUUCCUCCGCCAACACCUCUACCCUGGCGUGACCUUCGAUGUGCCCCUACUCUCAGACGGAGUCGGUACCGUUGUUGGCACUGGACCGGACGUCCCCAAUCCAGAGAAAUGGCAAGGCAAGCGGGUGAUCUUGAACCCCGGUACUGGCUGGAAGGAUUCACCCGAUGGGCCGGAGGAUCUUGCUGGAUACCGGAUUAUGGGAGGCACCAAGGUUUGGGAUAAGGGGACGUUGCAGGAAUAUAUCACUUUCGAGUACUCGGAGGUCGAGGAGGCACCUGAGCAUCUCUCUGAUGCCGAGGCUGCGGCUUUACCCCUGACGGGCUUGACGGGCUGGAGAGCUCUGAUUACCAAGGCUGGUGAGAGGAACUCUGGGAAUGGUGCUGCUGUCUUGAUUACUGGUAUUGGUGGUGGUGUGGCUCUGAUGGUGCUGCGGUUUGCUGUUGCCAGAGGGGCGCAUGUCUUUGUGACGAGCUCGAGCCAGGAGAAAAUUCAGAAGGCCGUUGAGCUAGGUGCGACCGGUGGUAUUAGUUAUAAGGAAGAGGGCUGGGAAAAGAAGCUGUUGGGUAUGCUCCCAGCUGGGAAGAGGAACUUCGAUGCCAUCAUUGAUGGUGCCGGUGGUGAUUCUAUUGAGAAAUCUGCCAAGUUGCUCAAGGCCGGCGGUGUCCUCUCUAUCUAUGGAAUGACUGUGUCUCCUAAGAUGCCAUUUACGAUGCCUGUUGUUCUCAAGAACAUCGAUGUCCGCGGUUCCACGAUGGGCUCCCGAAAGGAGUUCAAGGAGAUGAUUGAGUUCGUCAAUGCUAAGAAGAUCCGUCCUGUGGUGUCGCGAGUUCUGCAGACUGAGCUAGAUGACUUGUCCGCAAUCGACGAGCUGUUCGAAGACAUGAAAAAGGGCACGCAGUUCGGCAAACUGGUGAUUGAGUUUGGCAAGUCUGCGGGCAGUAAGCUGUGA